AUGAAUGUGAUUUUGAGGCCGAAAGAGGAAAAAGCUGAGCCUGAUGGCAGCUCCCAGUCACUUGCUCUGCAUUUGUGUGCACAGGACAUCAAGGCAGAGCCACAAGCAGAGCUGCCCGAAGCCCAGAGUGACAUCAAGGCAGUGAAGAGGAGGCACGAGGAAGACAUCAGAAGAAUUCAAGAGCACUGGAAUCUCCAUCGGCAGAGGGGCGAUCUACAAAACCAGAAAGUGGAGGACAGCCUGCAGGCAGAGUUGCAGACAAAUAAAGCUAGGAUCAAGCCAAGGGAGAAGAGGCUGGAGGAAGGAAUGAAAAUCAUCAAAGAGCUUAAUCACAUGCUUCAGGAGAAGGAGGUUCUACAAAAGCAAGUGGAAGUGUUGACAUCUCACCUGGCAGCCUGUGAAGACUUCCAGCAAGUGAUUGGCCACAAAGAGCCCCAAGGCUGGCGUGAGGCACAGGACCUGUCCCAACCAGAGGUGCUAAAGGUUGAGCACAUCCUGAAGAUGGUGGUGGAAAAGAGGAUCCAAUGGGAGGAGAUCUACACAGGCUCUGUCACUGAACCUGCUGCAGCAGCAGCGUCAUCUAAAGGAGCCUUUGCUCCCCAACCUGAGAAGUGGAGCCCAGGCAGUUUGCUCAGCUCCAAUGUGGUCACAGCUGCUCAGCAACAGGAGAACAAGGACAAGUACCUGGAGCUACUGAGGAAAAUGGUGAGCAUGGAAAAUCCGGUGACGAAAUACAUUGAACUGGAAAAUAUCGGCAGCGGGACUUUCGGAGAGGUUUGUAGAGCACUCGACAGUGCCACAGGAGGAGAGGUGGCCAUAAAGAAAAUAAAUCUUCGAGGACCAAGGAGGAAGGAAGUAACUGGAAAUGAACUCAUGGUCAUGAAAAUGAAUAAGAACCCCAACACUGUGAACUAUUUAGACAGCUACCUUGUGGAUGAGGAACUCUGGCUGGUGAUGGAGUACAUGGACGGAGGCACUCUGAGCGAUGUCAUCAGCAAGACCUACCUGUGUGAAGACGAGAUGGCAACCAUCAGUCGAGAGUGCCUGAAAGGACUGGAUUUUCUUCAUUCAAACCACAUGAUCCACCAACAUGUGAAGAGCUGCAACAUCCUUCUCGGAACCGACGGCUCUGUCAAGCUGGCUGAUUUUGGCCUCUCUGCUCAGCUCACCCCUGAGCAGAGUAGACAGAGAUCAGUGGCCAGGAUUUCUGGGUGGAUGGCACCUGAAAUCGUGACAGGUCAACCAUACGGCCCCAAAGCGGACAUAUGGUCUUUUGGCAUAGUGGGAAUCGAAAUGGUGGAACGGGAAGCUCCUCACUGGAAUGGAGAUCCUGUCUCGCCUCAACUCCUGAUAGCCACAGGAGGGAGACCAAAGCUGCAGGAGCCCAACCUAUUCUCGCCUUUGCUGCGUGGCUUCCUGAGCUGCUGCCUGCAGACAAACGAGGAGCGGCGCUGGUCUGCCAAGGAGCUCCUGCAGCACCCAUUUCUAGCAUCAGCUGAGCCUGUAUCCAGCCUGGUGCCACUGCUCAUUGCAGUGAAGAAGAGGAAGGAGGAGACAAGAAUGUGAUAAUCACGUCAGACCUGUUUACUCCACAACCAGCUUAGAAUAGGAUUGUAGAGUAGGAUUGUCAAGUAGGAUUGUAGAAUAGGAUUGUAGUGUAGGAUUGCAGAGCAGGAUUGCAUAUAAAUAAAGUUUCUGAAACCUCAA